AUGGGCCUCUCUGGGGUACUUCGACAUCGGCGAGCUCUGAUGAAGAGUUGGGUCGCGCCAAAGGAGGGGAUGGAGGGAGCAGGAGCGAGGAGGAUGCUGUCCUACCUCCUGAGCUUCGGAAACAAUCCAUGGGAGCGGUUGGCUAGGGGAUUGAAGGACGAAGGUUUCGAGAGCGAGUACCUUGAUAGACUUGAGAACAAGUUGGGUGGCAAGGCGAAAACUCUAGAUUCUAGCAUAGACGAGCUGCAACAGGAAAUAAUACAGGAGACUGCACACUCCCUCAAAAGGACAGAGGAGAAGGUGAACUAUGCCCUGCUCGAGCUCGACGUGUGCGCGUGGAGGAUCAACAAGAGUGUCGAUGUGGAAGAGAGGAGCAAAAUCGGAGGAGGGAUUUUCAGAUACAACGAGAGGGAUGCGCAUACGGAACUGGGAAAGGACGGAGAUUCUUUAUCCGGUGUGUUGACGUGA